AUGGCUUCGAAUUCAAUUCCAUCCAAUUCUCCACCAGGUUUCUCAUCUGUUCUCCAUAAAUCCCCCUUUACCAUCAUUACGUCUGCAACCACACAACAACCACUCACCACCGUUCUUAUUGGGAAAACUAACAAUAUCGAGUUUAAAGGUUAUAGAUUAAGCCAAAAGCAACAAAAAGAAGAAGCCCUUUCUUUUCGUGUAGCCAAAACUAGUGAAGUCACCCAAAUUGAGAAGGAGUUGGGAGCUGAAAUUAAUGAACUUGAAAAGCAAAGAGACAAACUUGAAAGUGAAUUAAAGAAGGUCAACAACUUGUUGGCUGUUGCAAAUGGUCGUCUUCAAAAUGACACAGAAGAAAGGGAACAUUUUGAUUAUGCUAAUAAUCAACUUCUUGUACACUUCAAGUCAAAGGUUGGAAUGUCUUGGUCCCGAUACAAUUUAAGAGUAGAAGCAGAUACUUGUAAUGCAUUUGUUGAGUUUCUAGAAGCUGCUUGGGAUUUCCAGUAUUCUUUUAUGGAGGAAAAGGAAAAGAAGGUCAAUGAUGAAUUAGAGACUCAUGAAGAAUACUUUAUAAAUGUGGCUAGGGGUCUUUUAUCUGCUUACAAGCAUGAGAAAGCAAUUGACCCACAUGAAGAAUUUUUACAAGAUAACGAACAAAGAAAAAGCCUUGAACAUGCAUAUCUAGCUGCAAAAACCAAGGAUGCAGAGGAGAAGAAAACAUCAUUCAACCCCAGACCGUAUUAUUUAAGGUUAUUCAUUGAUUGGCUGCUUGACCUUAGUACCCUUGAUCCGGUUUUUGAAGGUGCAAACUUUCAGCUUUUGACAGCUCUAGCAACCUCCUUCCAUACCCUGCAACCUCUCAAAGUUCCUGCAUUCAGGAAUCCCGAUUUGAAGUUCCACAAUAUCCCCACCAUAAAAACAGCAUUGCACCACCGUGAACCGCCUACCCACUGUAAUAUAAAUAGAACCGGUGAUUCGUUUUAA